AUGGGCCAAAGCGCUUCAUCAGGUAGUAGGGAUCUGGAUAGUUCCAGAUACUUCUCUUCUGAACGAGAAAUGAUUCGUUUUUAUAAUACUUUUGCAGUCAAGCAAUUAACGGCCCCAGAGUUAGUGUCAUUUAAGGGUAAUAUCGGCGGGAAAGCGCUAGAUGACGCAGUUACGUGCCCCACAAUGCUGAAUUUACUGCGUAUAUCUACGAAAAAUGAGAUUCUGGCUAAUCUACUUUUCAAUUGUUUCCGCACACUUUCCAAUUUCCCACUCAUAAAGGACUCCUACGAUGACAUAACAUAUAUCGGGCUACUAAAGAGUUGCUUACUUUUGCAUAGGCAAAGGUGCUUGAAAUAUGUUGGAAACAAGGCUUACAAUCAGGUUAAACUUAUAUUUGUCUCUUUAGCAAUGAACAAAUCGGUCAAAGAAGUGCCUUCCUCACCGAACCCUGCUACGGCACUGGACUCAAAAAAAAUCAUCAAAGAUUUCGACAAUGUUGAUGUGGAAGACCUUGGAGUUCCUGCAGAAUCCAUGUUGCAGCUGCUUACUUUGCUACUACGUAUAUCAAAAAGUUGUGCUACGUCGAACUGCAAGUUUGAAUCUGAUGUAGACACUAAUUGGGACUCGUUUAAGCCAUACGCACUGAACUUACUCCGCACAAUGAAUUCAGAAAUAACAAACUCUCAGGAUGCCGCAAGACAUGUGAUUACGUUCGAUCAAUUUGAGAAUACUGUUACAACGGUUUCCCCGAAUCUUCUUAAUAUUCUCGAGUGUUUGAUGGAGCACCUUUUAUUCUUAGAUCGCGAUUUGGUCGAGCCGCAGGCUACAAUGCCGGCAACAAUAAGCUCAAAAUUAGUUAAUGAUCCUUUUCUCGCACAGCUAGCAACUAUUUUACCCAAGGAGCUCGUGUACUCGAAAAUGCAAAAGCUUUACGUUGGACGAGAAAGUGGGUUCUCCAUGCGAUCAUUCCAAUCAAAGGCAUUCAAAUGGAUGGCACCUUCGAUUUUGAUAAUAAGUGGGAUGCGUAUUGUCAACGACACUGAAUAUGCCAUGGAUAAAAAUCCACGCUACGGAAAGUUUUUGGAGGAAUAUCCUCGUCUGAAAGAUAACGAUCAGCAAUUAAUUGCAUCUCACACAGGGAAACGAAAAUUUACAUUUGCUGUAUACAUUGAUGAGCCAUGGAAAGUGACGAAUAAAGAAAUGUUUGGAAAUCUGAAGACUACCAUUGUUCAGUUAUCCCCAACACAAGAGCUUUUCAAAGCGGUAAGACCGGAAAACGUUUACUUUAACACCGUUGGGGGAGGAAUCGGCAUAGGUUGCAAGCAACCAGUGGUGAAAUCCUCAAGCAAAAAGUAUGUCCCAGGAAAUGUGUCACUGACGAUAGACGCUAGUCUUGAAUUUGGAGUUUUCCGCCACGUUGGCCAUGGUGGCACCAUCAACCCAGGAGAGCUACUUGCCAAGCAAAGAGAGGAUAAUAUUACAUUUGAACACCGUUUUUUGAUUCAGGAUGUAGAAGUUUGGGGAUGUGGCGGUCAGAAAGAACUUGAAGAACAGAUCAAAAACUGGGAAUGGGAAGAAGCAGAGGCUAAAAGAAGACAAAGAAUAAAUCUUCAAAGUUUGAAUGAAGACAGGGCAUUAUUAGAACUUGCAGGUCUUGUCGGUCAAAGUCAAAGUGGUGGUUCAGUUUGA